AUGGCCGACACACUAGAAGAUGUGGAGAUGGAGACGCAGGAUAUCGAGCAGGAAACCCCGCCAGACAAUGUCUUCAUUGCGCCUUCAAUCCACAAGGACGAUGUCCUUUCUGGAAAGUCGUACUCACACUUCUCGCCCAUACCGCAGCAAAUCGCCGACGAUAUGACGACCGAAUGCGUCUUGGGCGUCGAUGAAGCUGGACGCGGACCUGUACUGGGUCCCAUGGUGUACGCGCUCUUCUACCUUCCCCUCCCCAUCCACCACUCCCUCCUCGCCGAGACACACCACUUCGACGACUCGAAAGUCCUCACGCCAGAGGUCCGCUCAAACCUCAUGCGCACCCUCUGCACGCCCGGCACCGACCUCCACGCCGCCGGUGGAUGGGCUACUCGAUCCCUCUCCGCACAGGACAUCUCUGCCCACAUGCUCUCACCCAAUCAAUACAACCUCAACGCACAAGCUAUGGACGCAACAAUCGACCUGAUUGCGGGCGUUCUAGCGCGCGGCGUGAAUGUCAAGGAGAUCUACAUCGACACAAUCGGCAAGCCCGAAGUCUACCAGAAGAAGCUCGAGCGCAUCUGGCCCACAAUCUCCAUCACCGUGGCAAAGAAGGCCGACAGCCUGUACCCCGUUGUCAGCGCUGCAUCGGUCUGCGCGAAAGUCACAAGAGACGCCGCGCUCGACGUGUGCUACGAGCCGUACCUUACGCCUGAGGAAGCUGCUGCGCACGCGAGGAAAGAAGGACAUGUCAAGAUCGCAUGGGGGUCAGGAUACCCGAGCGAUGCGCGAACAACCUCGUGGCUGAAGGCGAAUAUGGAUCCUGUGUUUGGCUGGGGAAAUGAGUGUAGAUUUAGCUGGGGCACGGCGAAGGAGCUGCUCGAGGGGAAGAAAGCAGGCCUCACUGUUGACUGGCCGGUUGAAGACGACGGCGAUGACAUGCGAAUGACCGACUUCUUCAGCGGGGGUGACAAGAAGGGCGACGAGCUUGUGGAGUGGUUUGGCAAGCGGGUCACGGUCGAGAUGGAAGCUUUCUGA